AUCUUAGUAAAAAACACUGGUUUAACAUCUUUAAACACUUUUGCACCAUCACCAGACCUCAAAACAUAAUGAACUCCUCUGUGAUUCAGCUGGCAUUUGAGGAACUAAUCAGCAAAAACUGUAUCAUUGUCUUUCUUGGAUUCACCAUCAUCUGCAUCAAUGGAACAUUUGUCUUUACGUUUUAUCAGAGUUCAGUCCUGUACACAGAUCCGAGAUAUAUCUUAUAUGUACAUCUGGUUGUGAAUGACAUGCUUAUGGUUUGGAUAUCUGUGACUCUGUAUGUAAUGUCAUAUGUAUUGCAGAGUGUAAACAUGGUAUUGUGCUCUGUGUUGUUAAUCAUAGCAUCUACAACUCAAAAGAACAGUCCACUGAACUUGGCUGGUAUGGCAGUAGAGCGUUAUAUUGCCAUAUGCAAACCUCUCCAUCACCCUCACAUCUGUACAAUACACAGAACGUAUAUCCUAAUCUGUCUGAUAUGGGUGGCAGGAGCUAUCCCUCCAGUGACAGACCUGAUUAUCUCCUCCGUUCUUCGCCCUUUUAAUGUUUUCAGCACUGUAUCUUUCUGUGCUUCAUCAGCAGUUUACGUCUCUGUUUACCACGAUGAGAGGAAUAAAGCAGUGCAGGGGAUUUAUAUGUCGACCGUUUGGAUAAUUGUUGUUUUCACCUACUGCAGAGUUCUUCUGACAGCACGCAAAAUUUCCACUAACAAAGUUUCUGCUAAAAAAGGUCAGAACACAAUCAUGUUGCACGGGGUGCAGCUGUUGCUUUGUAUGCUGUCCUACGCCACUCCUGUACUGGACACAGUUCUCGUCCUUCUUAUGCCAGCUCAACAAAGAAACAUUAGAUUUUGGAAUUACUUUCUAACAAACAUAAUCCCUCGCUUGCUAAGCCCCCUAAUUUAUGGUGUUAGAGACCAGACAUUUGUCAAGCACAUGAAAAAGAUUUUUUUAGGUCGAAUGUUAAUUGUAAAAAUUGAGCAACAGUAAGUUUAAUUUUCAGAUGUACAGUGGCGUGAAAAAAUAUAUGUCCCCUACACAUUUCUUCUGUUUUUGCUUUUUUGUCAUGAUGAUAUUUUUCAGAUAAUCAAUCAACUUUAAUAUCAGACAAAGAUUACCUGAGUAAAAAUAAAAAGCACUUUUUAAAAAAACUAUCCAAACCAAUUUGGUCCUGUGUGAAAAAGUGUUUGCCUCCUAAACCUAAUAACUUGGCUGUGCCAGCCUUGUGUCUCAACAACUUCAAUCAAUCUUUACUGAUAACUGUCACUGUGGAGGAAAUUUGGCCCACUCUUCUUUACAAAAUUGUUUUUAUUCAAACACAAUAAAGGAUUUUCGAGCAUAAGUUUUUAGAUCAUGCCACAGCAUCUCAAUCACACUAAGCCACUCCAAAAUGUUCAUUUUUUUUCAGCGGUGGACUUGUUUGUGUGCUUUGGAUCAUUGACCUGAUGCAGAACCCAAGUACUCCUGACCUUGAGGUCACAAACAGAUGGCUGGAUAUUCUUUUUCAGAAUUCAUGGUUCCAUCUACUACAGAAAGUUGUCCAACAGCCCCAGACCUUCACACUACCACCACCAUGUUUUACAUUCAGUAUGAUGUUCUUAUUCUGAAAUUAUGUGGUAGUUUUACACCAGAUGUAAUAGGACACACAAGUUCCAAAGAGUUCCACUUCUGUCUGGUCAAUCCAAAGAAUGUUUACCUUAAAUCCUGGGGAUUAUCAUGAUGUUUGUUGGUAAAUGUGAGACAGCAUUUGUGUGUGGAACCCUGCCACUUAGACUAUUUUAACCCAGUCUCUUUCUUAAUAUUGGAUAAUAAACACUGAACUUAACUGAGGCAAGUGAGACCUGCAGUUCUUUAAAUGUUGUUCUGGGUUCUCUUGUGACCUCCUGGAUGAGUUUUUUGCCCUUUUGGCAGUCAUUCCUAGGAAGGUUCACCAAUGUUCCAUGUUUUUUCGAUUUGUGCAUAAUAACUCUCACUGUGGUUUACUGGAGUCU